GCACCGGGGUGUUGGAGGCAGAGCUGGGGGGCCCCUCGCUGCCCCCAUCAUGGCAUCUGCUCUCACUGUCCUCUUCCUCGGCUGCUGGCUGGCCAGGCAGAGCAGGGUGUCUGGACAGCUCCCUGCGCCUGGACCCUCCAUCUCCAUCAGCCCCAGUGGGGUGAUCGCCCUGGGGGGAGCCGUCACCAUCCGCUGUCAGUGUCGGUGCGAGGGCAGGAGGUUAUUUCUGUAUAAAGGUAGAUUCCAAAUCCAGGAGCUGGAUGCUGCUGGUGAGGGGGGUGAAUUCACCAUCCCCAAUGCCAGAUGGGAACAUGGAGGGGUCUACAGCUGCCGAUCUCACUCUGGAUCAGAGCCGCCCAACUGGUCGUAUCUCAGUGACAUCAUGCAUAUCAUUGUAGCAGAGCUCAGCUACCAAAAACCCUCCAUCUCCCUGCACCCCAGCUGGGAGGUCACCCUGGGGGGAGCUGUGACUGUCCAGUGUCAGGCUCAAUACCAGACCGUGAGGUUCCUUCUGUACAAAGAUGGAAACCCGAAUGUGCUGCAGGAUGCGGAGCCUGCUGGGGAUAUGAAUGAGUUUCCCAUUUGCAACGUGAGCCGGAGAGAUGCAGGGAGCUACCGAUGCUAUUAUUACCGCAAAUUGGACCCAUUCAUCUGGUCUCAUCCCAGUGACACCGUGGAGCUGGUGGUAGCAGAUGCAGGGGGAACUGACCCAACUCAGCUGGGAGCGACGCUGACUCCCACCCGCCCAGGCAUCGCAGGGCCAGGUACCAGGACUGGGGUCAGGAAAUCGCCAUCAACCCUUCGAGAAACAGGUGAAUCGGUACCAAGUGCAGCACCGGUUCUGACCCACACCAUCAUUGCUGGGGUGAGCGCGGCAGCUGCUGUCCUCCUCCUCCUCCUCCUGGCCUUCCUCUGCUACAGAAGGAAAGGACCAGCCCUGAGACAGAGCAGGGAGCCCAAGGCUGCAGCCACACUCUACACCCUUGUGGGCGAAGGGAAGGAGCUGGAUUUCCUGCCCCAGGAGCCCGACCCUGGCACCGAAGGACUCACCUAUGCCGAGCUGGACGGCCAGGCACUGCAGGCCAAGAGGGGGGGACCAGCCCCUGCCCUCGAGCCCGUCGUGUACGCCACCAUCAACGUGAGCCGGGGGCACCACAGGCAGAGCUCCUGGGGUGCAGAGGCACCCCCUACCUCCAUAGUGUGAACCUAGGGGGAGUCAUCAGAGCGACGGGGCAGGGAGCGUCGGCCACCAGGGGAUGACAGAGUGAUUCCCCCCCCCAGAGAACAGGCUCGGCUUAUAGCCCCCCCCCAUAGCCCUCCCUCCAGUUGGUGCUGCCCCACCCAGCCCCACAGGUAGGGGGUCGAGGGAGCCCCACACAGGGAAGGGGAGGGGACAUGUUGAGGCGGCUGUUUAUGUUAUUUUGCAUCCUGUUAAUCUCCAGAUCUGUAAUAAACAUAGAACCACAAACUCCCUCCCCAGCACCCUGUCCUCAAGCCAGGAGUGUGUGUAACACCUGAGGGAGAUGGGAUUGCUUGGGGACGGAUGUGGGGGGGCCUCCCUGCUCCAACCACUAGACCCCACUACUCUCCCAGGGCCGGAGUAUAUUACAGGGUAGCAGCAGCCAGGGCAUCAAGUUUAUGCAGUUUCACUGGCAGUAACAGAAACAGCAAGUGAGCGCCGGCUCUGGGCAGAUUUCCCCUUUUGUGGUAUUAUCGGCUGCUCCUUAAACCAAUCAGCAUCUAAAUUUACUCCUACGUCCCCCCCCUCACAGGGUCUGGAAACCACAACACCUCCUGGCCCGUCUCUGUCCCCAGAGCCGGCUCUAACUUUUUUGCCGCCCCCAGCAAAAAAAAAGGGUGCUGCCCUGCUGUAACACCCACCCCCGCGAGUGUCGUGCUGCCCAAGCCCCCUGCCCCCCCGAGCGCCACCCAAGCCCCCCUCCCCCCAAGUGCCGCCGAAACACACACACACACACCCCGAGCACUGCCUGGCUGAAACAAAACAAAAAACCCUUCAGUGCUGCCCGGCUGAACCAAAAACAAAGCGCUGCCCCACCCCAAGUACGUGCUUGGUUGGCUGGUGCCGGCCCUGUCUGUCCCAUGCCACUUGGCUAAGAAUAGAUCCUGCAGCAGAUGUUACCUGAGAAGGAGGUUGGCCAGGCCCCUCCAUGUGAUGAACUGGGGAAUUUUCUUGGUGCUUUGUAUGAGAACUGAGUGCCUCAGUUUCCCCCAUGUGCAUAACAAGGUGAUGGGAGAGGGGGUUUGCUGGUGCAAAGGUGACCUCACCUAGCGGCCUGGACAUGGUGGAACUGAGCAACUGAUACUUGGAGGCCUAGCCCAUAGAAUAUC